AUGGAUAAAGCGCUCAACCCAGCACGCAGAUCAUCACACACCAGCCCAGUUAUCGAGAUAGCAGCCAUACUCCUCAAGAAGUCUAUCUGGAUUUGCAGUAGCACACGGUUUGACGCUUUCAAAGCGUAUGAUCAACACAACACCCCGACUCAAGAUAGUGCUGGCUCGAUAAAAGAGGAAGUAAAAGGCAACAUCAAUGCGGUCGAACAGCGGAUCCUAUCAACGGCGGAUCAACUUCACGCCCUGGAGCAAGCGCUGGCGGGCUGGGUACCGAAUAGCGCGGAGAAAAAUCAAGGAGUACAAGUAUAUAAAACGCAAGCAUGCCUUUUCAUCUGGGCUGACAUUGACGACCCCCCAAGCUCAACACUAGCAAAAGAGUGCACGAACUUAACCGAGCUCAAGAAGCAGUCGCUUAUCAGAAAGAUUGCGGUUCAUGAGGAAGAUAAGGGGAAGAUUGCGAAUAUUUUCGAACGCAUCAAUCGAGACCGGGAGCAACUUGUGCAGUUGCUGCGUCGUGCAGUCUGCACGCCCGGAACCCGCGUUGAUAUAUCAGCCAAGAUCGCGACAUGGGCUAACGAUGAUCCCCCGAAAAGCCAGAGUGUAUUCUGGCUCUAUGGUCAGGCCGGAUCAGGGAAGAGCACCAUCGCCUACAUCAUCGCCCGCCGUCUCGAGUUUACUAGCGACGCGGAUGACACGAUCGUUUUGCUCACGUCAAAUCGAGGAGACGAGAGACCUGCUCCCUCAUUCGCACCAUCGUGGAAACGGCCUCAAUCCGCAGACCCAUCAAAGUCACUGCAUUUCCUUCGACGCUCUCGAAGAGAUAGCGGUUCGGAGUUUUUGCGCGAAUUGAUUGACGGCACCAACAAACAUCACUUACGGGGUCUCAAGUUCUUCGCUACCAGUCGACCAGACCCGAAGCUCGUCUACCGUGUGGAGUCUUUUGAGGGCAAGCAGCUCUAUCGUCUCGAACAAGUGUCAAUAGAGGAAGCUGAGGCCGACAUCAAGACUUACUCGAACGCAUGCACAUUUUUAAUUCCACUAGCGAGUCCAGUUUCCAAAGCAGCCCUACGCAGCCAUGUUGGCAACGGAUCAGGAACAAAGGUCACCUUCUCUCUUUUCCAUUUCGGCACCUUUAAUGGCAAAGCGUGGGCCAGUGGCAACUCUUGGCAAUGGACUCCAUGGAUCCCUCGCCGAUUUCUUUGGCUGGCCCCAUCCUCACAUUGCGUUCACAUACCUUUCAUUUAUCUAUCGACAUCCCCCACGCGCUGGUCGCUCUUCUCCCUCGCUGCCCUACUCGCCGUACUCAUUGCGGACGUAACCGCACUCCCAACGCCCCAAGAGGGCUCUACGGAUCUGGUUCUCGAACGCCGGGCUGCCACUAGACCAAAGGUCGCUAAAGGAAAGGCCGCUGGAUCAAAGGCGUCGACGAAAGUCCCGGGCAAGAUGACUGCAGGUAGUUUCAAGAAGUCUAGCUCAACGUAUCGGAAUGCUGCGAUGCAGGGCAAGAACCCCUUGUUUACAGUGAAGUCUGGGAGGAUUACUAAAAACAAGCCACCCAAGACAAUGCCCAAAGGCAAGGAUGCUGGUGCGUGUUUACCAUAUUUUCGAGGCGCAAACUAUGAAGCAUGCCUCUCAGAAGGCCGGGCACUCCCUAACGUUGGUUCUGCUUCAGUUCUACCCAUUCAUGCUUUCGAGCGUUCAUCACCUUCCAGGACACUUGCAGCAGCAUUAAAGCUCAUUAAAGACCGUAUCAACUCUCCAAAGAACAUGGCGUUCCUCGAUCCUGCGACCAACAAGGCUUGCUUUGCACUGCCGUCUGCACAACGGAAUUUGGAAAUUAUGUUUAUAGUCUCGACACCAGCCGUUACGGUGAUAUUACUAGGCACUCGAAAGCGACCUCGAUCACACGAAAACGAUGAGAAUAUCCCUCCCACGACUCCCGUAAAUGCGAAACCUAUGAAAUUCAUCGACUGCUCUGCUCCCAAGAAGCCUCGUUUGUCCGCCAAAAAUGGGCGCCAUUUCACCCCACAGGAUAUUCAAAACAUGCGGGAAUCGUAUGCCCAGCAAGCUCCGACACGGGUUAUGAAGGAAAAGGAACAGCAAGCUGCUGCUGCUGCGCGAGGGGCUGAAAUAGAGGCUGGACAAGCGACAGACCGAGUUGAACAGGCCUGGAGUCUCCUACGCCCUCUCUUCCCCUCCAUGCACGACUUCUUACGCAAACUACUCACUACGCGUCAUCCUGUCCGAUCUUCUCAAGUAUCCAAUCUACUUACCUUUCAUGGACACGACCUCUUGAAUCUCAUACGUGACCGACAUCCUUCUGUUGCAAAUGAUUGGGCUCUCAGCACGGCAAGGCAGCUCGUGUCAUCGGAGUGCGACUCUUUAUCCCAGCGUUUCAAGCCUGCCCCAGGGACAUCAGUCUCUGACAUCUUACACAGGUUCUCUUUGCGAGAGGUUCUCUCUGAUGCUGAGAUUCUUGCACCCACACUCUUCCAGAUACUCCAACAGGCUUGUGGAAUGCUAUCCACAUCACAAGAUCAGCCUUCUCGCAAACACCCAGAUCUUGUUCUCGCCACCACGCUAUUGCCUCGCCAUAGGAGUAAUUACCGCCUUCCUACUUACCCAAAAAAGAAACACCCUCUCCCUCAGAUUUUACAUCGCGAUUACUCCGAGGCGACUGGUUUCGAGUCUAUUGUGCAGACGGCAAUGCAAAGCACUAUCUUGAAGAACAAUGGGAUUAAGGGCGUUAAUGUUGCAAAGGAGCACAACAAGGUGUUAAAGGCGAAUGGGGUGAAGAGACGCGAGUACAGUGAUGUGGAUUUGGAUUGA